AUGUUGUGCUACGCCACCACUGCGUCUAUAAGUCAUCUUGAAGGUGUCAAUUUCUUGCUAGCCAAAUUCUGCAACUCUUCGUACCAAAGAGACAGAAAUGGUCAAUCUCCUACUCACAUAGCAUCUGCUAAAGGCUAUGUUGAGUUAGUCAAGCAGUUUCUUCAGCGCUGUCCAGAUUCAAGGGAGCUUCUCAACGGCGAUGGACAAAAUAUACUUCAUGUUGCAGUCAAAAAUGGAAAAAGUCAUAUUCCAAAGAUUGUGAACAAUCUUACACAAGAUUGGAGAGUCCACCUGAGAGUAAAGAACAAAGAAGGAUUAACUGCAGAAGACAUUGCUUGUGGAUACAACAUAAAUGUGGAAACUGCUGCUUCAAUCAGAAAGGAUGAGCAUGGGUUUAUUGCAACACAGGCCCUCCUUGAUAUGACUUUACCUUUUCAAAUGCAGCGGUUGAUCUUGCUAGCCAUAAGGAUUGCUUAUGCACAAAGGUCUCAGGCAGAGGAUCUGGGUUUGAUACCUUUUGUCCUUAAUUUAUCACUACGACUGCUAGGCUCAUCAAACUACCACAUUUUGCGCUACGUUGCUUACUAUCCCUUUCGUCUGAUGCUCUUCAUCUUUGGAAGCUACAAUGAUGAGGAGUUGGGAGACUAG